UCAGAGGGCCUGUCCAAGAUCGAUGCAGGCCAGCUACCUGGGAAGUACAAGGUGUGGUGUUACCACUUCACCCUGUACCCAAGGAUGAUGUGGCCUCUGAAGCUGUGCGAAGUCACGUCAUCAGCCGUAAGCCGGAUGGAAGCAAAAGCCAACUCUUUCAUCCGAAAAUGGCUUGGCCUGCCACGGUGCUUCUCAGCUGCUGGCCUGUAUGGAUGGAACUCACUUCAGCUGCCCCUGAAAUCUAUAACACUGGGCUACAGGCAGGAAAAGGCAAGGCUGGUGAUGGAGCUAAGGGACUCCUCCGACAGGGCAGUGGCGGAUACAAAUGCCAGAGUCGAGACUGGAAGGAAGUGGAGGGCCAAGGAGGAGGUCCAGAAGGCGAUGGGGAGACUGCAACAUCAAUAAGUCGUGGGCAUGGUCCAGACAGGCCGCGCAGGCCUUGGAUGGAGCAAUCCACCCAUCCUAUGGUCCAAGGCAGGCAAGAAAGAGAGGAAUUACCUUGUUGUUGCUGAGGUCACCAGGAUUGAGCAGGAGGAGCUCAGAGUAAGGUCUGUGGCACAGGGGCAGCAGGGGAGGUGGACAACUUGGGAGGGUGUAUCGAACCGAGCAAUCAGCUGGGCAGAUUUCUGGAAACUGCCACAGUCUCGGCUCAGUUUCCUCAUCAGGGCAACAUAUGACACCCUCCCGAGCCCUAAAAACCUCCACCAAAGGCUUGGCACAGAGCAAUCCUGCGACCUCUGCGGGACCAUCAAUGCUUCACUCCAGCACGUUCUGUCAGGCUGCAAAAUGGCGCUGACACAGGGUCGGCUCAGAUGGCGGCACGACCAAGUGCUCAGCAAGCUGGCAGAGGUGCUGGAGAAAAGUUGGCAGGAGGCAAACAACCAGAGUCCAGCAGAAAGCCAAUUCAGGAUCCACUUCCUAAGGCAGGGAACCUGUGACACAUUCCAGCAAGAGACCACCCGCCAAGCUAUUAACACCAGGGGCAGUGUAGUGGAUUGUCCGAAGCUUAAGCAGGCAACAAAGGCGAUUCAUUGGCAUUAACCCUGAGAGGGGAACAAAGGCUAGCCAGGGAAAGGUGGUGUGCAAGAAGACCAGAAAAAGGCAGCAACUGGAAAUCCUCACGUAGCCACCCUUAUAAAAAUUCUCACAGACUUUGAGUGGGGCUUUAUGUAGCUGACAACUAGACUGGACUCGUGUUCAGUUAUUUGUCUCCAGUUUGAAAUGAAGUCGACAACUGAACACUGGGUAUGUCCUGUCAGUUAGUUUAGUCAAUUCUGCAGUUCAGUUUUGUUUUACACAUUUUUCUAUUGCACAUGAUCCUAACUUAUGUUUUGUUCUAAAUGUUAAAAUGUUCGUUGAAAAUGUGUGUGCCCUCUCUGAUGGUGAAACAAAGGCACUAUGUAUGGAGGUGUGUGUGUGUGUGGGGGAUGUAAACAUCAUAUCCAAAUGGACAUCUUCAUUUUGAUUGUUUUGAUUGUUAUUUGGAUGUACAGACCGCGCUCUCUGAUGCCAUCGUUUGUUCAGAUUGCAGGAGUUGCUUAACAUUGUUUUAAAUGUUAAAAUGUUAAUUUAAAAUGUAUGUGCUCUCUCGGCUGGUGCAACAGAGGCACUAUGUUUGGGGGUGUGGGUGGUCCU